GUAGAAAUUGGUGAUGCCGGCUACUAAUUAAUUUAUUUUUUUAUUGAAAUAGUUUGUUACGAACAUAAUUUGAUUGUUUCAGUGUGGUGGAAAGCGUGGGAGAAGGGGUGAAGGACAUGGAAACCGGGGACCACGUGGUCCCCAUUUUCAACGGCGAGUGCCAAAAUUGCGGCUACUGCAAAUCGGAGAAAAGGACGACAAAUUUGUGCGAGAAUUUUCGAGUAAAUCCGAUGAAGAGCACUAUGUAUAACGACGGCAAGUGCAGGUUUCGGACCAAGGAUGGGAAACCUAUUUACCAUUUUCUCAACACUUCGACUUUUAGCGAGUACACGGUCGUUGACUCGGCGUGCCUCGUAAAGAUUGACCGAAAUGCCCCCCUCCAGCAAAUGACUCUUCUCAGCUGUGGGGUUUCUACGGGUCUUGGAGCGGUGUGGAAUACGGCUGACGUGGAGGCUGGGGCAACUGUAGCUGUUUUUGGCCUCGGAGCUGUGGGACUUGCCGUGGUUGAAGGGGCAAGAACCAGAGGAGCAUCAAGAAUUAUUGGAGUUGACAUUAAUCCCGAUAAAAUUAUUAAAGGUAAAGCAAUUGGGAUCACGGACUUCAUAAAUCCCAAAGAUUUGGACAAGCCACUGCACGAGAAAAUAAGGGAAAUGACAGAAGGAGGUGUGGAUUAUAGCUUCGAAUGUGCUGGAAACUUGGAAGUUCUCCGUGAGUCCUUUUUAUCCACCCAUGAUGGUUGGGGUUUGACAGUACUACUAGGGGUUCAUCCAACACCAAGAAUGCUACCUCUACACCCAAUGGAGCUUUUUGAUGGCAGAAAAAUUGUUGCUUCUGUUUUUGGUGAUUUCAAAGGCAAAUCUCAAUUGCCUCUUUUUGCCGAUCAAUGCGUCAAAGGGAUGGUAAAAUUGGAUGAAUUUAUCACACACGAGAUGCCGUUUUCGAAGAUCAACGAAGCUAUGCAGUUACUUAUUGAUGGGAAAUCUUUGAGAUGCCUUCUUCACCUUUGAACAUUUUAUAUAGUAAUUUUAUUUUUAUUUAAUAAAUGCUAAGAUUUGUUUGUUUGCUUUGUGUGAUUAAAGAGAUGGUUAGUUUGUACAAAUAUCACGAGUGUGAGGAAACUAUAACAAGUUUAUGCAAUUUAAUUCUUGAAUAUUCUAGUGAUUAA